AUGUCAUCACCCGCACAAAGACGGAGUGGUCGCUCCUCCAAGAAUGCAACUGCAUCCCCCACUUCUUCAUCCAGACAGGAGCCCCCUAGCAGCCCGACUUUUCAAGCCACCCCCCGUGCCUCGAGGCGUCUGAUGGCUGAAGAAGCCGCACCUUCUUCAUCGCCCAUCUUUUUCCGAUCAUCCCCAAGCAAGGAGAACGACAAUGCCGAGACUCCUGAUGAGCGUAUGGCCGACGCCAGCUCAACGGUAGACGAUGGGGAUAGAACCCCACGGGGAAACCCCGGUGUGAGAGACUCUUCUCCGAUUCAUUAUAUUCCCAGUUCUAGCCCGACUCGAGGCAUCGGUCGCUCAGAUAUCCGCUCCGACAUUCGCUCUGACAUUCGCUCUGACAUUCGCUCCGAUGCACUAAGUACUGGUAGUGGACUGUUUGUGUCGCCCGCGGGCCGACGAACAGGUCCUCGUCGCAGUGACUUGAAUUCUGGUGGUUUUGGAUCGACUCCUAAUCGCCGUACCCGCGUGUUUGUCGAUGCCAAUGGAAUGCCCACCGGCGAUGCUUUGCCUCGCUCCGAUGCUACGUUUUCCAAUAUCAACCCCGGCACCUCAGAGGCCGAUGCCUUGGCUGGCAAUUCUACUCGUGUUAUCUGGGGUACCAACGUUGCGAUUACAGAUUCGAUGGCGGCAUUCAAGAACUUCUUGUAUAAUUUCGCCACAAAAUACCGUCUGUGGGCUGAUGGCGCCACAGAGGACGAAACCAGACUUAUGGGAGCAUCAGCAGAGAGGCAUGAGUAUAUCGACUUGUGUAACAACAUGCGACGACUGGGUUUGACCGCACUCAAUCUCGACGCUGGGAAUCUGAAGGCGUACCCAUUGACCCGCAAACUGUGGCAUCAACUUAUGGCAUACCCCCAGGAAAUUGUUCCUCUCAUGGAUCAAGCUCUGAAGGACGUGAUGGUGGAUCUGGCCUUGAAGGAGAUGGACGUUCUUCGGUCAGAGAGCCAGCGCGCUGCUCAGCCUCGUGACCGACGUGGUCAGCCUAUCCUCACCUCAGAUGCGGUGGGUCCAAGCGUCGAUGUACCAGAUCUGGUUGGUGAAGUAGAGGCGAUGAACUUCAAGGUGCUUCCCUUCGGGCUGGACAAGUCUGUGAACAUGCGUGACCUUGAUCCUGCCGAUAUGGACAAGCUUGUCUGCAUCAAGGGCUUGGUCAUUCGUUCUACACCCAUCAUCCCUGAUAUGAAAGAAGGCUUCUUCCGGUGCAGCGUCUGCAGCUACGGUGUGCAGGUGGACAUUGACCGUGGCAGAAUUGUCGAGCCAACCGUCUGCCCCCGAGACUCUUGCAAAGAAAAGAACUCGAUGCAACUCCUGCAUAACCGUUGCACCUUUACUGAUAAGCAAGUCAUUAAGCUUCAGGAGACUCCCGACAACAUUCCUGACGGUCAAACUCCGCACUCGGUUUCGUUGUGUGUCUAUGACGAGCUAGUCGACGUCUGCAAAGCCGGUGACCGCGUGGAAGUCACUGGUAUCUUCCGCUGCAAUCCCAUGCGGGUUAGUGCUCGUCAGCGCUCGCAGAAGUCUCUGUUCAAGACAUACAUCGAUGUGCUGCACGUGCAGAAGUUUGACCGUAAGAAGAUGGGCAUUGACAUGUCUACUGUUGAGCAAGAAAUGUCCGAGCAGGCAGCAGAGGCAGAUCAGUCGCGCAAACUCUCAGCCGAAGAAGAAGAAAAAAUCAAGCGGACCGCCUCUCGUCCCGACAUCUACGACCUGCUGUCUCGUUCCUUGGCUCCUAGCAUCUACGAGAUGGAUGACGUGAAGAAGGGUAUCUUGUUGCAGAUGUUUGGAGGCACCAACAAGACUUUCCAAAAGGGAGGCAACCCUCGCUACCGUGGUGAUAUCAACGUCCUUCUGUGUGGUGAUCCGUCGACCUCCAAGUCCCAGCUCCUGCGCUACGUUCACAAGAUCGCUCCUCGUGGAGUCUACACCAGUGGCAAGGGUUCCUCUGCUGUUGGUUUGACUGCAUACGUGACGCGUGAUCCCGAGACUCGCCAAAUGGUCCUGGAAUCUGGUGCCUUGGUUCUUUCUGAUGGAGGUGUCUGUUGUAUUGAUGAGUUCGACAAGAUGAACGACUCCACGCGGUCUGUCCUUCACGAAGUCAUGGAGCAGCAAACCGUCUCUAUUGCCAAGGCAGGUAUCAUCACUACCCUAAAUGCCCGAACGUCCAUCCUCGCCUCAGCCAAUCCCAUUGGCAGUAGGUACAAUCCCAAACUUGCUGUUCCUCAGAACAUCGAUCUGCCGCCUACUCUGCUCUCUCGUUUCGAUCUGGUCUACCUGGUCUUGGAUCGAGUCGACGAAACGGAAGAUCGUCGUCUAGCCAAGCACUUGGUUGGCAUGUAUUUGGAGGACAACCCUGAGAACGGCAGCUCACAGGAAAUUCUGCCCAUCGAAUUCCUUACAGCCUACAUCACAUACGCCAAGACCAACUGCCACCCCGUGAUCACCCCAGCUGCCGGUGCGGCACUCACCGAUGCUUAUGUGGCUAUGCGCCAGCUGGGUGACGACAUCCGCGCUCAGGAGCGCCGUAUCACAGCCACCACGCGACAGCUUGAAUCCAUGAUUCGACUUUCCGAGGCUCAUGCCCGCAUGCGUCUGUCUCCCGAGGUCACGGUGAGCGAUGUCGAGGAAGCCGUCCGUCUCAUCCGCUCCGCCAUCAAGCAGGCCGCGACCGAUGCCCGCACUGGUCUCAUCGACAUGGGUCUUCUUACCGAAGGUAGCAGCGCUGCCGACCGUCGUCUGCGCGACGACUUGAAGAAGGCAGUCCUGUCCCGCCUUGAUGAGCGUGGUGGUGUGGCUGGCGGUGCCGUGCGCUGGGCUGACCUGUACCGCGAUGUGAGCGAGCAGAGCGACAACAGGCUUGACCAUCAACAGUUUGGUGACGUAGUACGCUCGUUGGAGACGGAGGGUGCUGUGAAUGUCUUUGGUGAAGGUGCUCGUCGCAGUAUUCGCCGGGCGGCCAUGGGCAUGUCCUAA